CGUCGAGUCUCGACACUCAGUGUUACAAGUUUCCACUGCAAAGCCUAACAUGGGUGCCAGCAAUCCAGCGCUCAACUGUGGGAUGCUCAACCCACGACCCUCAUCGCCAACACGAACCCCGGUGACCAGCUUGGCUUCGAUUGGAAAGGUGCUGAUGGCAGCGACUGGCCUCAUAAUAUUGGCCCAAUGCUUACAUAUUUAGCAUCUUGCAGGUUGACGACCUGUGACGAGUUUGACGCACAAACCGCCAAAUAGUUCAAGAUCGACCAUGUACGUGGUGCUCCUGGCUCUAAUGUCCGACUCCCUCACAAGCGUACUAGUCACAUCCAACCUUGCGCCACGAAACUACUUUGUCCGCCACGAAAUCAUGGCUCUCCAUCUCGCCACAUCACUUGGCGGUGCGGCGUUCUAUCCCACCUGUUCGCGGCUCACGGUUGGCGCAUUGGGCACUGGGGUCCCUGAGCCUUCGGGGUUGUUCAGUUUGCCAGGCGCGUACAGCGACAACGACUCUGGUAUCUUUUAUUCCCAGAUGUUCGAUGCCAGUGCACCAUAGUACACCUUCCCCCGUCCUCCUGUCGCUGCAUUCGUGAACGGUGGCACUUUCACUCCUGGUAACGCAACCACGACCGCAUUUUCAACGGCAACGGCAAGGCGGUGCCGCUGGGACGUCGACAACCUCCAAGGGGAAGACGUGCACGCUCAAGAAGGGCAAGUCUGCCUCUUCGUCGGUUAUUCCAUCGGCCUCCGCAGCGGCAGCCAGCAGCACCACCACUGACAUGUACCACCAACACUUCAGCAGGGUCACGCGCAGACGGCUGCAGUAUCUAAAACACCUCUGAUUACGACCCCACGACAUGCACGCCCGCGAUAAUGACUGCUGUUUAGAUCCUGCCUUGUUGUAUACCUACCCAGUCAUUCAUAUUAUAGGUUGUAUAGUACAUUGCUAUCAUUAUGCAAUAAAAAUUCGGUCGCUCGUUC